AAAACACCCAUAGUCCGGUCAGAAUGUCAACAAAGCUUCACGUCACUAUUACAACUACACUUACCCUCGUGGAGCAGUUCCACUUGACCUUAUCGUCGUCCUCUGGAGACCCAGCCUCCACAGAACUCUCAAGCAGAGAUGCACUUCCCCUCCUUUCGGCAUCGUCGACAGCCCUUAAGUCACAAGUCACUAAGCUUUCGCUCUUGGCCAUUACCUCUCCAUUUACGCCCACCGCCGUCGUCCCUCUCCUCUCUGAUCUGAAUGGAUCAGUGCUCCCGUCGUUUGUGACAGCAGCUCUACUCAUUACACCGACCGACCACACCAAAGCAUUUCAGGCCGAGGCUCUAUCGCUAACGAAGACAGGGCUGAACGAACUGUCAUCGCUUGUGAAAGAAGUUCAGUCAAUUGCAGAGAGAAAUGAUGAAGUACACAUGAAAAAGAAGGGAAUCGAACUGUCGCAGUCUGAGAAAGACCUCGUUACGGUAGCUACAGGACGGGUUUGGGGUGCUUGUGAUGCCUUGAUUGACCUCGCUUCGAACGGCGUUGCUGGGUUUAUAAUACGGCGCGUGGAAGAAUGGAGAGAUCUGGUGCGAGAUGCAAUGGAAGAGAUUGACGCAUGGAAUCCUGAUGAAGAAGGGGAUGAGUUCUUCGAUGAGCUUUUGAGCGACGACGGGAAACAGAGCGUUGGAAAUGGUAGUGAGGGCGAAUUAUCCGAGGAUAGCAGCGACGGCGAAGACAACGCUGUGCUUUAUGAACUGAAAAGGACUUCAAUUCGGCUACUCAAACCAGUUGUCCAAAUUUACCCCGCAAUCAUCACGAAUCGCCUGAAGAAGAUUCCUGAGUACUUACCUUCCCUUGUUAGCCAGCUGGAAUCCCUUAUGACGAACCUCCACCAUAUACCGGAGCAAGUUGACGAAGUAGCGGGAGCACUAUAUGAAGCGGAUCUAGAACGAUCUAUCCGGUACUUGAAAAGGACAAAGGAUUGUGCUGUUGAAGCGGUCAAGUUAGUGGUUCUGCCUUGGGUUGAACAGAGUGUGACCGACAGCCAGCAAAAAGCCGAUAAAUUUACUAACUGGUCGAAGACAUGGUUGAAGGUGAUUGAUGAGGUCAGUAAACCUCUUGAUGAUAUCAAGGAAGCGAAGUCACAGUGAAUAAAUUUCCUUUUAUUUAUAAAGCCUGAACAUAUAAAGCACGAUGUAAUAUAUUGUUUAAGUUGUCUGGUAAUGUGUAUAA